CAAUAUGAAAUUUUGGUUGGUAACGUAAAAACGAUUAUUAAACGUCGUAAACACGAAACUGUUGGUUAUCCACUGCACGGUUUGGGAUUGUCGAUCAAAAUUAUCAAUGGCGUUGGAUAUCGUGAAAUCCCUGAUUGUCCAGGAAGAAUGCAGGGGCUGAUGACCACCGUGGGACUUGCAAAAGAUGCAGCUGUAAAAGAAAGCAAUAUGACAAGAAUUAUGGAUACAAUAAGUUGUGUGCAGUUUGCCAACGACGAAAAGGAUUAUGGAAUGGGAUUGGAACUGGGACAUAAUUUGUUCUGGUCGAAUUAUGAGGUAUUUGAUCAAAUGAGUAAGAAGGUUUUGAUGACAGCUUAUAACCUCCUGAAACGUGAAGUGUUUGCAGAAAUCCUGGAAAUGCAUAUGCGUAUUCGCCGACGAUGCUAA